ACAGGCUGAGGCAAGGACGAGGCCACCUGGAAAGUUUUAGUGCAGUGGAGUCUAGACCCCACUCCCUCCGCAAUCCAGACCUCUAUCCUGUCCCAUCUUAUACUUACAUUCACACAAAUGUCGAACUUAUUCAACAAGAUGAAAUCUAAAGCUACAUCCGGCGGUGGAAAGGACGAAGAGGAACAAAGAUUCUCUAUUCAACCUCAUCCUGCUACAACAAACAACCCCGCUGACCUUCAGAAUCCAACCCCUGGAACAGGCAUGGGUCUAAACAAUAACGAGCAGAUGGCUCCUUUCCAUGCUCGCGACCCGCACGUUCCGACAGAUCCGCAGGUGAUGGAAUCGUUGGGAAAGCAGGAAGUUAAGAGUCGCGAUGAAUUACGAGCCCGACAGGCCGAGUUGAACAGAAAGGAUUGAACUAGGCCGUCAGAGGCCGUCUGGGUGUGCUCAUCAUGACCCAGUUCCCUUUUGAUCCACAGACUGUCUUUAUCAUACAUGGCCUGGGUUACCAAUCGGUCGCUGUUCUCCCGUCUACAUGUACAUUCACAAAAUACUUUGUACCAUAAUGUAGUUUA